AUGAGCCAUUUAACUUUGAAACCAGGUGGUCUUUUAGACGACCAAAACCGGUACUGGUACCAAAGGUUUCCGAUUGAUCACCUGGAACAUUACAAGAGGAUGUUUCCAGGACUCCCAUUCGACUUUGUGAGCUAUCUGAGCUUGAAUAAUGGUUGGAAGUAUUUCCCUCGAGGCUUUAAUAAUUACAAUCCCCCACAAUCAGCUAACGCCAUAUUCGCAAAUUUCAAGCAGGUAUUAUCAGUCUACUCGGUACUGUCUUCUCCUUGAAGCUAACUCAUAUAUUUCAGCUAGCAACCAUUAAAGGGAAUAUUGAUGUGCUUCUCACCGUUCAAAUCAGAGCUGUUUCACUGGCUGACCAUCUGAGCAAAAAAGCGCGUUUACGAUUUGAAUAGACAGCUAAAGGGGAUCUUUCGUACCUAUGCUACUGAGGCACGUGGAAAAUAUGGUAUACCACUUAUCAUUACUGAGAUCUGUCAAACCCGAGCCAUGCUGACUGACAUCUCUUCUCGCCUUCCUCAGACACUGUUUUAGAUAUUAUAGCCAAAAUCGGUGCGGAAAUUUCGGAUGAUGCGCCCCUGAACGCCUCAGAUCUUGAAACCCUUCGUGGAAUUGUUCAAGCACGUAGUGAUCUUAGUACCAGCAUGAAAACCAUCGUUUCUGCCAUUAUCAACUUGCUUCACGGAAUCAAGAAUGAUUUAGAAACAGCCAUAAAUAAUAUCAACGCGGACCUUUUGGCAUUGAACAAGGUACUUGUGUUUAGUCCUGCUGAGCAGGAUAAGAUUGAUGAAGGUCCAACACCCGAUAACAUCUGGGGAUUUGGCGAAAAAUUCGCCCUAGUAGAUACAUACUUCGUCGUAAGUGGAUUCUCUCUACAUUUGUUUGAUCGCGAAAUACUAAAGUUUUCCAAGAUUAAUGUAAAUGACGCCGUCACAAGAGCUCAAGAUGCAAUCACCUUCGACAUAUCCCCCGCAAUCACUAUGAUGGAAACAGAAUUUAGUAAGUCGUCCCAAUAUACUUCCGAGCAACGGCCCAGAAUUUCAGUGCUUACAAGUAAUUAGGCAACUGGGAUGCUAUCAGCCAUGAUUUGGCUACUGUUCUACAGGAUGUCGAAAAUGAAAAAAACGACAAAAUUGCGGAGUUAGAAUUGCUGGACAAUGAUGCCAUCCUUGAAGCGUGGCAAAAUCUUGGUGAUAUAGGUAUGUCCAGCGUCGGCACCAUCGUGCAUUGGUCAACCAGCUAUCCGUACUAAUGUUGUACUGUGAAUAUAGUCGUUCAAGACUCCGAGCUUGAUUAUUAGUAUGGGGUGAACGUAGGAUAAAAUCGGGGUUAAAACUUCAGUUUCUUAUUGGGUCUUCAUCGGAUUCAAUUGCUUCAUUCACUACUUGUUAAGCUGGACAGUUAUGCACUUUAAACUGAAGCAGAUAAAUUGAAUCCCUCUAAAUGCUUAGUGAUUCUAGAACUUGAGUUUAUUCGAAAUUAUGUAUAUGGUAUAGCCAUUUUAUACUACUCAUCAAACCUUGCUUUUGUUUUGGAUCGAACGUUUCGGAGUGGCGUUCACGUGUGGAUCA